CCCGUUCCUUGCGGUUCAAUAUGGGAUCCGUCCCGCAGGAAGGUUGUCAAGACGCCUUAGGCCAGCUCCUUUCGGGGCUCCCUUCGCAGCACCUCGAGCCCCUGUGGCUAAAGAUGGAUGCCAUGGUUCCCGCGACACCCAACCCCAUCGCCAAAGCGCACCUCUGGAAGUAUGACGAUGCACUUCCACAUCUCCUUCAGGCCGGGAAGCUCGUGCCCGCCGAGUCGGCUGAGAGAAGAGUUUUGAUGCUCGUAAACCCAAGCAUGGCGGCGCCGUGCACGACGGAUACCAUCUAUGGCGGGCUGCAACUGGUCAAUCCUGGUGAAGUGGCGCCUGCCCACCGGCACAUCGCGUUUGCGGCACGUUUCAUCAUUGACGGGUCGGGUUACACAGCUGUUGAGGGCAAGAGGAUGGCGCUUGAGCGCGGCGAUGUAAUUCUCACGCCCACCUGGCACUGGCACGACCACGGCAACGAGGGCGAUGCGCCCGUCAUUUGGCUCGAUGCCUUGAAUUUGCCGCUGUUCCGCUAUGCCCGCGUGAACUUUGCCGAGGGCUAUACGGAGAGCCGGUACCCAAGCGAACCCGCAGACCCCCCUCAAUGGCGAUACCCCUGGAAGCCUGUGAAAGCGGUCCUCGAUGCAACUUGCGUCUCCCACGCGACACAUCACUAUCGGACACCGGACGGGAAGCCCCUCUCUACCACCAUUGGGAUACAGGCAGAGCGUCUGGAAGCGGGCUGUACAACCGAGUCCACCCAGCACCCGAGUUCGUUCCUCUACCACUGCUUCGAAGGCGCUGGGAAAACGAUUGUCGAGCCCCCCAACGGGGAACGGGUCGUGCUGGAGUGGAAGGACAGAGAUACCUUUGCCGUGCCUGCGUGGUCCCGCAUCCAGCACGUUAAUGCCUCGGCAACGGAGCCGGCUUAUUUGGUGGCCGUGAACGACCGUCCGUUUUUGGGGCUGCUUGGCUUGAUAAGACCGGAUCUGGAGUAG